AUGAGUACCAAGUAUAGGCACCUGACUACCGUAGAUGAAGUUCUUGAAUUAUUUCCGGGUAUAUAUAAACAAAGAACCACAGAUUUUCCGACAUAUGCGCCGCUAUGUCGUCGCUGCAACAAGCGCGCUACUUCUAAGGACACCAAGAAGGACAAUCCUAACGGAAAUGCUGGACGUCAAUACUACGAAUGCCUACCUUGCAACAAUUAUCUCGGGUUCGCUGAUGCUCGUGGGAACGAUCGUGCGAACUCAGACUGCAAGUGUGAACCUCCCAUUUCAAGAAAGCGGCUAUUGGUAGGACAUUGGGACGAGUCUAAUAAAAACUCAAGAGCUGGGCAGGUAUUCUACGUCUGCAGGCAUGGAAAAUCUGGUUUCCAUAAGUUUCAUGAAACUACAGAAAAGGAAUUCGUCGUAAUUGACGGUGAGGAACUUAUAGCCGAGUUGGGAAGAUAG